GGCGAACUUGUCAGUCUCUAGAAGCGAGUACGUACCCUUCCGUUGACACGGACAGCACCUACGAACGUGCGCUAGUUCCCGUAUAAAAACCGAUGCAGUCGCAUGCUCCGUCUACACGAUGUUCCAACGCAUCAGCCGAUCAGCCAAGCAAUCCACUUCGCACUUUGCUCCGACAGGCUCACGACGCACCCACAAGUAAGUCGUCGGGAGGGAAGAAAUGGGCUCGUGCAUCUCGCACUCCCCGGCCUCGUCGCCGGCAGGCUCAUCGGGGCGGAGACCGGCCAUGGCGAAGGUGGUUGGCCUGGACGGCUCCAUGACGCAGUAUGCGGCGCCAGUCACGGCGUGCGAGGCCCUGGGGAACGACGAGCGCAACGGAAACGAGUCGGUCUUCCUGUGCAGCUCCGACGAGCUCCGCUUCGACGCGGCCCCGCGCGCGCUGGCGAACGAGGAGGAGCUGCAGCCAGGAUGGCUCUACUUCCUGCUCCCCGUGUCCAUGCUCCACGUCGCGCUCCGCAGGUACGAGAUGGCGGCCCUCGCCAUCAGGGCCAGCUCGGCGCUCGCCGUCGUCAGCGGCGUCGCGUCCCCUCCCCGCCUCAAGAACGUGGUUGGCAACAAGAGCAAGCAACGGAAAACGGCUCGAGUGGCGCCCCUUGUCAGCCCUGGCCAGCACGCCGAACUUGCAGACGGUGAAUGGAGUCAGCACGCGUACGGCAAAUAUGGUGGCGCUCGCAAGACAGUGCGCGGCGGCAGUGCUGAGACAGCUGGGAAGACGAGGAAGAGAUCGGGCUACAGAAGUCGCGGCGCCCGCCAUCGUCGUCGUGCGGCAGACGACGUGCCGAGGUUAAGCGCCACUAGAUUUAGAUGUGCGCCUUGGCGCACGACCCCGUAA